UGUACCAUCUAUGUGGAGGGAUUGGCCACGGCAGGCGCGCAGCAGCGUGCGAGAGCCUUCGACCUUUUCUGGACGGGUGUUCCCUUCGAGACCUUUGUCUUGUUUUCCUGCUCUGAGGAAAGAGGAAGGACAGGAAGAAUAAAGUAAAUGGAGCGACAAAGAUGGUAAAGGGGGGAGAGGGAUGCUGCGCCUUUUCUAGUGCUUUGGGGUAGAAAAGGAGGAGCAUGAUAGGAUUCCUGAUACCUGUAGAUUCAAAGGGAGAAAACAGAGAAGAAGACAUUCGGAUUUGGAUUCCUGGCUCUAUCCAUCUUUGGUUCUUCUGUCUCUUGUGAGAUCGGGAAGGAGAAGAGCGAUGGGCGACGAGACCUCGAGCAAGUUCAAGCGGAUUUGCGUCUUCUGCGGCAGCAACUCUGGCAACCGAACCGUGUUUAGAGAGGCAGCUCUUGAUCUGGGCCACGAACUGGUGAAGAGAAGAAUCGAUUUAGUUUAUGGUGGUGGGAGCGUCGGAUUGAUGGGUUUGAUCUCGCAGACAGUUUAUGAUGGAGGUUGCCAUGUCCUUGGGGUCAUUCCUAAAGCUUUGGUGCCCCUUGAGAUAUCUGGUGAAACCGUGGGUGAAGUGAAAAUUGUUUCAGACAUGCAUGAGCGAAAAGCUGAGAUGGCUCGACAAGCUGAUGCAUUUAUCGCACUUCCUGGAGGAUUUGGAACAAUGGAAGAGGUGCUGGAGAUGAUAACAUGGUCGCAACUUGGAAUUCAUGACAAACCAGUCGGCCUGCUAAAUGUUGAUGGUUACUACAAUUCUUUGUUUGCACUAUUUGAUAGUGGCGUGGAAGAAGGUUUUAUAAAGCCGGCUUGUAGACAUAUAGUUCUUUCUGCUUCCAACGCAAACGAAUUGCUUGAGAAAAUGGAGCUAUACACUCCUUUGCACAAAGAAGUUGCUCCGAAACAGAGCUGGGAGAUUGCCCAUCUAGGUUAUUCCAAAGCACCAAGCUCGCCCUGAUAAUUCUUUCUCGAAAAUUUCAGUUCCAUGUGAUUCUUUACUUGAUGGAUCGCAAAUGAGAAACAUCAUGGCUCUGGUAGCUAUUCACUAAGGAACUACUCUCAGUUGACUUCUUAAUAAAAGUUGAUAUCUUCCUACUGUGAAUCAAGAUUCUUCACUCGCUCACCAAGAGUCAUAUGUGGAGAAGAUUCAAGUUUAUUGUGUCUGAUGUAAGAUAAACCUUUUCGGUAUGCACAUUUUGUGGAAUAAUAUAGAUUGAAGAGGGGAGAGACAAAAGUCUCUUCACUUGGUUCCUCUUUUUAUGUCA